AUGGAAAAAUUAGAAGCAUUAGGAACCAUGCCUCAAGCUCGUUUUGGGCAUACAAUUACCUUCAUAACAAAAGGAAAGGCUAUUUUAUUCGGAGGUGCUACAGGUGACACUGGAAGAUUCUCAAUAACUGGAGAAACAUAUUCUUUUGAUGUGCAAACAAGAAUUUGGAAAAAGAUAGAUACAACUGGAGCUUAGCCUUCUCCCAGAGCAGCCCACGCAGCAGUAGCAGUAGAAAUAAAUUAGAUUGUAGUCUAUGGCGGUGCAACUGGAGGUGGAAGUUUAGCUUCAGAUGAUUUAUACUUGCUAGAUUUACGUGGCUCUGAUGAUACUGGUUUAUGGACAAUAGUUCCAGUAGUUGGUCAAACGCCUGGAAGACGUUAUGGCCACACUAUUACAUAUACUAAACCAUACCUAGUAGUAUUUGGUGGUAACACUGGUUAAGAGCCUGUUAACGAUUGUUGGUACUUGAAUGUUGAGAAAAGCCCUUUUAAUUGGUCUAAAAUUGAUGGCAGUAAGCAAGAAAAUCCCAGAGUUCGUGUCUAUCAUAGUGCAUCUCUCUGUUAAUAAGGAAGUGCUAAUGGUAUGGUUGUUAUUUUUGGUGGUCGUUCAAAUGAUCAAUCAGCUUUAAGCGAUACAUGGGGCUUACGUCGCCACCGUGAUGGCAGAUGGGAUUGGGUACGCGCUCCUUCUAAAGGUGAUAAAGAUUAACCUACAGGUCGUUAUCAACACUCUUCAGCUUUCUUAGGAAAACUUCUUUUGAUUAUUGGUGGUCGUACUAAUAAUGUUGGAGAGCAUUUAGGUAUGGAAGUCUAUGAUACCGAAACUUCUGAAUGGUUACGUUUUAACUCAAUCUAACGUUUCCGCCACGGUUCUUGGAUUGUUGAUAAUUCUGUAUACGUUUAUGGAGGUUUCGAACUUGAGUCUCCUAAUAUUCCCACUGACUAAAUAACUCGUAUCAACCUACUUAAAAUUUUCUAAUCGAACAGUGAUCUCACUAACAAGGUGAUAUAGUACACAAACAACAGUAAUAAUAGCACUCUCCCUUCAUAGCCUCAUUCUCCUAUUUCUCCUAGUUUGAAUGACUCUAGCACAAAUGCUAAUUCAAAUAAUAGCUCUAUUAGGUCUGGAUUUAGUACUCCGAACACUUCCCCUUCUAUCUAAGGUCCUGUUUCUCCAGUUCUCAUGGCAUAAUAAUAAAUGCCUGGUGGAUCAUACACUAUGGGAGGCAUAUAGAAUCCUAAUAAACCUAAUAACCUUGCUCCUAUGAAGCAAACUACUCUUGGAGGCGGAUAGAUUUAGAGCAAACCACUAACAUUCCUUCCUGCAUUACAGGCUGAUGAAACCAACAAAAUGUCAGAUAUGAAGAAAAAAGGAAAAGUCAAUAAUAUGAUCAACUACUCAAAUAAUGGAAUUUACAAGAACCCUACUGAUACAAGUGCUAUCCAUCACUAAUUCAUAUAGCAUUUAUUAUAGCCUAAGAUGUUCAUUAACCUUCCAGAAAAUGUUAUUUUUAGAUUCACUUCUUAACAAAUUAUUGAAUUAUGUGAUAAAGCUGAAGAUAUAAUUCGUUAAUAACCAAUGGUUCUUAGAGUUAGAGCACCUUUGAAAAUUUUCGGUGAUAUCCACGGUUAAUAUAGUGAUUUAAUGAGAUUCUUUGAUUUAUGGGGAUCUCCUUGUGAAAAUGGUUAGGAUGGUGAUAUAGAAAGUUUUGAUUACCUUUUCUUAGGUGAUUUCGUAGAUAGAGGUUCUCAUUCCCUUGAAACUAUUUGUCUUCUUUUGGCUCUUAAAGUAAAGUACCCCAACUAAAUACAUCUUAUCCGUGGUAACCAUGAAGACAAAUGGAUCAAUAAUGGAUUUGGAUUUAGUGAUGAGUGUAAUCAUAGAUUGGGUGAAGAUCCAAGCGAUGAUGAUUCAGUUUUUAAUAGAGUAAAUAGACUUUUUGAAUGGCUACCUCUUGCAACAAUUAUUGAAGACAAAAUUAUUUGCUUGCAUGGUGGUAUUGGUAGCUCAUUACACUAUAUUCAUGAAAUUGAAAAUCUUCAACGUCCUCUUGAAGUUAUUCAUGAAGUUAACACCCCUGAUUAAUAAUUAGUUGUAGAUAUUUUAUGGUCAGAUCCUACUGAAUCUGAUUAAGAGCUUGGUAUUCAUCCUAAUAGUAUCAGAGAUCCUGUUGGUUCUGGUAAUAUCGUGAAAUUUGGCCCUGAUAGAGUAAACUAGUUCUUGUAAACAAACAAUUUGAGUAUGAUUAUCCGUGCUCAUGAAUGUGUAAUGGAUGGAUUUGAACGUUUUGCAGGUGGUAAGUUGAUCACUGUAUUUAGUGCCACUGACUAUUGUGGUAGACAUAAAAAUGCAGGUGCCGUUCUCAUUUUAAGAAAUAAUUUUGAAAUUAUUCCCAAACUUAUUUAUCCUUCUGAAGCAGCUCAACAACAUUACUGGAUUGAAGAUGAUGAAGCUUUAAAGAAAAGACCACCUACUCCUCCUAGAUGGGUUAACAAUAAUAAUAACAUCAGAAAAUCUUAUGACUGA